AUGGAUGAACCCCUCGCGAUCAUCAACUCUUUUGCGUUCUGUGGUGCUCAUGGCUGCGAAUACUGUCAUGAAUGCUACACCGACCAUCGACUCACCAAUAACCACCAGAUUAUGGAUCAACUAUGCGCCGCUUUCCCCGCUCUGACUGAAGAUCAUUUCCUGGACCGACAACCAAUCUCAUAUGUUUUCGACAAAGCAGUGGCCCGAACUUCAGGAAAAGAGCCUGAAUACGAAUGCAAAGAACACCAUAUAUUGGACUGCUCGACUUGUUUUGACUGGGCAGCACUCGCCGUGGAAGAUAUGAAACGUCAAGCUCAAUCCAAGAGUACCAAAGUCAUAGCAGUCGACAUUACGAGAAAGGAAAAGCUGCAAUACCUCUAUAGCAUGGGCAUAGACCUGCCACUUACCACUCGUCUUCCGGAUGAUGCCAUAGAGAAAAAGUUCCGUAGCGCAAUAGAUGCUUCUCAGUCAUUUGCCACUCUCAUUGCGAAGUCACCCUUUGAUCCUUCGACUCUCCCUCUAUGGUCAAAGAAAACAUCCAAGACCACUUUGCUAAAGACUGUGUCACGAGGUAAUUUCGAGGAAGCGUUUGCCAAUAUUCGCGCGAGAAGGGAAGGGAAAGAGAGUGCCUGGCCUCUCUUUGAAAAUACCUUCAUGGAUGCUCGCCAAACUAUUAUGGGGCUUGCUGAUGGUAUUGACAAAGGUGUGAAGACAGCCCUGAUCCAGGACAAGGAUACCAAGUAUGCUAUAUGUCUUCGCGUUGUCGAAGUUCGUAUGUUGAAUGAGGAAACUCCUGUCAUGGUUGUCCUAUGUCGCCGUGGAACCCGUGAUGCCCCUGCUCUCGAAACGAUUCGUUGGGCCCAAGAGAUCAUAUCGAACAAGAAAUUGUCCUUGCUCAAGGUCACAGCCACUCCUGAAGAACAGAAGCUUCUUCUCACUGUCCUCAACAUGAAUGCUCGACGACUUCCUCCAGCUUACUCCGUCAAAAGAAAUUCAAGCGGAUCGGAGGCCACUUUUGCCUUAUCGUUCCUACUUCCUCUCGGACCGAUCAAUCAAAAGGAUAUUGGGAAAUUGACUCAUCAUACGGGUUGUGUGGUUUGCGGGAAAAAGACAGUAAGCAAGUGUUCUCGGUGUCUUUCUAUGGAGUAUUGUGGAGUUGAAUGUCAACGGAUACAUUGGAAGGAACAUAAACCGACUUGCAAUUCUUUACGGGGUGGAGAGUGGGUUCAAUUUACUUUCAGCGUGCAACCUCCCGAAAUGCGCCUUGCUGCAGCGAGGGGCGAGAAGAUCUCUAUGGUGACUUGGAACAACAUGUCUCGGGCGACCAUGGAUAACAUGAAAAUCGACCAUUGCGACGAUGAACCAGCUCUUCCACCGAAUAUGCAUUCGCAGAACCCAUUCCUGAUCAAAAUGCAAAGAGGACUUUUGGGGUUUAUGCCUCCGAUCAUGAUAUACGAUCGCACAAGGAGCAUUCAGGUGUAUCUGUGUCAUGAUGUCGAUCUGGAGGGACAUGAAAAGACUAUGGCGCAGAUGCAUACUGGGCAGAAGGGACAAAAAAUCUAUCGAUGGGCAAAGAGGACGGGUGAUGAUAAGUUGAGUGUUUGUCUCAACAAGGCUCCUCCUCAAGAUCCUCAAUGGUGA